GCAACAAAAUGAAGCUGCUUAUUCUGAGCGUUGCUCUUCUGGGAGUUUUUCUCUCCCCAGUCUUGACCACUGAUAAUGUCAAUGUAAAUAACCAGGGAAAUAGAGGAGGAAAUUCCCACCAGUCCGUGAGCAUCGAUAACCAAAAGCAGGUGGUGAAUGUCGACAAUAACAAUGGAUGGCACUCAUGGAACACUGUCUGGGAUUACCGCAGUGGCUACAUAGCUACCCGGAUAUUUGCCAAAAAAUCCUGUAUUAUUGCACCUCUGAAUAAACACAUAAUGCCAGAUGUGACUGUCCUGCCACAAGCCAUCAAGGAAAAGCAGAAGACUGGUGCUCAAGGACCUCCAUCCAAGCAAGUGACUUACACUGUCUCCCGGAAUAAGAUCACUGACCUGAGCUCAUAUGGGAAGAAUAUUGAGAACCUGUGCAGAGGGCUUCCAACCUACCUUGCUCACGAAGUAAAAGCACCAAGCUUUCUCUACUACUCUGGAUCCUGUUUCAAUGCUAAUAUCCUUUGCCUUCUGGGAAUCAGCUAUUGUGGAGAGACCUUCGAAGCCUGA